UUUUUUUUUCUUUUUUGCCUUGAAGAUACUCGCGGGCCAUUUAGACAGCCGCCUAUUCGAUUUUUGUUUUUGUUUGGGUUUCCUGUGGUUACUGUUUUGGCGCGAAAUUUGCCCAUCGCGCGAAGUCCAAAAAAAUUGCCUCUUCUGUUCCUACACUUUACACUAAGCUAUAACAGUUUCCUGUUUAUAGGAUACAUUUUCAUGUAUCCACAUAAAUAUUUGCUGUCUAAUGAUCAUAAAAUCCGUGAAGAAACCAAGUCAGAGGAUGGUAUAACGUCGGGGUCUCCGAGCUUCAGCAGUUUUACCAGUGCUAAUGGUGGAAGUAGAGGUUUGUCUUCAUCAAAGUGGGACUUUUCACGUCGCUGCGAUGUACUUAGCUCGAACCCUAGUCUACUUCCAAGGACGGCACAGCUUGUUUUACACGAAAUACGAAGGAAUACGAACCCUUCUUUCAAUGAAACUCCGCUGGGUGUCAGCGUGAAACAAGAAGUUCAAAGUCAAGACAUUUGUACACCAAGAAGGCAACUAUCAUUUGCAGAGCUCCUACCUCAUUCCAUUGAGGGUCCCUACACUCCAAUCUCUUUACGCCAUAAAAACAGCACACCUAACAGUGAGAUCCAGCACCCUAGACGAGUAAGAGACUCUCUGGAGUUGAGAACCUCACAGAACAGCACACCUAACAGUGAGAUCCAGCAUUCUAGACAAGUAAGAGACUCUUUGGAGUUGAGAACCUCACAGAACAGGACCAGUAGAGCAGGGGCUCAUACAGAUGAAGAUGAUCAAAGCACUGCACCGUCUUCAGAUAUUCCACCUGUUUCCAGCGCCAAAGACGACAAGAAUCACGACCCAGGUUCACCAACAAAGCAAAUGAACAUCACCAACUUCUUUAAAGAGAAGAAGAUUACAUCAGCUAGACUAAGCAAGCCUUUGGGGAAUGGAUCCCAGGGGAGGGAGACACGACUUCUUCAUGUGAGCUUAAUGAGUAGAAGUGAGAGAAAUGAGUUUGAGAAAAACUUGUUGUCAGCAGACGAGGUUGCAUGUACCUUGGUCUAUGAUGAUGACUCCACACAAAUCAGACCAGCGGCGAAGAAGAGAAAGAGACCCAAUGAAGAGAGAACAAAGGCGGAGCCUGUUUUUAUAUCAUUUGCUUUACCUUGGCGUAAAAAGCAAAAUGGCUCACAAGAGAAAACGACCUUAAUUUUCGUGAAAAUGCCUCUGAAGCCUGAUAAUGAUACCGCGGCCGAUUGGACAAGGAAAAUCUUAGGGGAGCUGAUGUCAUCAAAAUCCCGGAAGAUCUGUUACGACGCCCAGGCCCUUAUCAAGUGCCUUCUAGAUGUUUUUGCAUACGUUUCCGAUGAGGUUUGCCUUCUAUGGAAAUGCUACGACCUGAAGAUUGCAGCGUGGUUAUUGGAUCCUGAUCACCCUCCAAAAAACUACGGUGAUGUCAUGCAGAUGGUGGAAUUGCUAGAUACCUAUAAUAAAUGCGAAGAAUAUGCUGAUAACAAGGUGUGUCGUGACUUGGCAACGCUAGGACCAGCACUGGUGACCAUUUUUCAUCGUCUGAAGUCCAAUAGCCUUUGGGAUUUAUUUUGGGAUCUGGAAAUGGACUUGUGCCCUAUUUUGGCAGUGAUGGAGAAGCAAGGUAUUCAUGUUAACGUCCAAGCACUCCUGGAUGCCAGCGAAAUCCUCAAGAAAGAGAUUCACAUUGUGGAAUCCGAGGCUCACAAGGCCGCAGGACAGCCAUUCCUGAUCAACAGCACUCAACAAUUAAGAGAGAUUUUAUUCGACCAGCUGAAGCUGGAUCAGAAAUGCAAAAAGAAACUUGCUAAAACAACAACAAAGAACUGCACUUCCACCUCUGAGUCAGUUUUGGUGCUACUACAAGAGUUUCAUCCGCUGCCUAAACUCGUACUGGAAUAUCGACAGCUUGUCAAACUAAGAUCUACUUAUUUUGACGGUAUACUUCCAUUCGUAAAGAACGGGUUACUUUACACAAAAUGGGAUCACACCGCAGCAGCAACAGGGCGAGUUACAUCAACGAAUCCGAACCUUCAAUGUGUUCCGAAACAAGCAAUAAACGUGACUGGAGUAAAGAAACAGUUUAUUGCGGGCAAAGAGGAGGAGACCAUUGUUUUAUACCCACGAGAUGUGUAUCAGAGUCGCGAGGGCUGGUCAUUUCUCGCCGCAGACUUUCAGUCCAUCGAGCUAAGGUUGCUGGCUAACCUAUCAGAUGACCCUGACCUCCUGCGUGUAUUUAACGAUAGCACGUCUAUAGACAUAUUUACUAAACUGACUUCUCAAUGGCUGGGAGUACCACCAGUGAAGGUAGACUUCAAGGAGCGUGAGAGGACCAAGAGAAUUGUAUAUUCCGUAAUAUACGGUGUUGGUCGUGAACGUUUGGGAAACACUCUCUGCGUAGAGCCCAAUGAAGCUAAGGGAUUCAUGGAAAGUUUUCUCGGAAAAUUCCCUGGAAUUAACGAGUUCUCCCGGAAGUGCAUCGAAGAUUGUAACACAAAUGGUUUUGUCAGCACAAUCUUUAAGCGAAAGCGAUGGAUUCCGCACAUUAAGUCCCGCGAUUUCCAGAUUCGCUCUCAAGCGGAGAGACAAGCGGUAAACUUUGUGGUGCAAGGUUCCGCUGCUGAUUUGUGCAAGUCGGCCAUGAUACAAAUCGUCCAUGCACUAGGAAAGGAUGUGUCACUAAAAGCAAGGCUUUUGCUACAGAUACAUGACGAACUGCUAUUAGAAGUCGCUGACACAGAUAUAGAUCGCGUCAAAGAUCUCGUGCUGUCCAUCAUGACGUCUGGGCGUGGUCUGUGCGGCAAUCGAGCAACACUGAAGGUGCCUUUUCCUGUGACAAUCAGUGUUGGGAAAGUGUGGAGUCAAAUGAAAGUCUGGGGAGACUGCACAGACGGCUGAGUCAACACUAGGAACUUGAUACGUUAUAUCUAGCACGUAGCACCAAGUUUAUACAAGUUAAUCUCUUUACUGGUAAAAAAAACACAAAUUGGUGAAUUUUACAUUUGUGGAAAGGUGUGAAAGGUGUGUGUGGAAAAGUUUUCUUUUUUCGAGAUCGGUAUUUUAUACAUUAUAAAUGUAGUGAGUUAUACCUUAUACUCAAAUUGUACAACAAAAUAAACAUGCAACAUUGCUCUGUA